GUUCACUUGGUCAAAUGAGAGGAGAAAAUGUGGAUCGUGCUUCAUCUGCUGCUCCUGCUCCAAAGUGGAGAAUGUGCAGGUGUUUACAAUUUUUCCAUUCAGACUGUUGAACCUGGAAAAAGUGUCUCUCUGACAUGUUCCUACGAGGAUUUUAUAACUCAAAACAUCUUAUUUUGGAUUCGAUUUGUUUCUGCAACCUUUCCUGAAAUUCUAGCUGCAAUGGCAUCUUUCAAAUCUGCUGAAGGUGGAACGUCAAAUACUGGACAUCGCAUCACAGUUAAAAAAGAAAAUGGAAACUUUGUUCUGCAAAUUCGUCAAGUAGAGAAAAAUGAUUUGGCGAUCUACUACUGUUUAACUGUACAACGAUAUCUGAAUAAAAUGACGUUUUUGAAAGGAACAUUCCUUCAGGUCACAGAACCAGAACCCUCCGUGUCUGUUGUCUCUGAAGUCCAACCAGGACCGCCUGUGAAGUUGCAGUGCUCAGUCCUCUCCCACUCUGGGAAUGACAUCUGUCAGGAUGGACACAAAGUGUCCUGGUUCAGAACUGGACCAGAAAGUGUCCAUCCCAGCUUUGUUUACACUCAUGACGAAUGCAAGGAGAUCAAAGAUAAUUCCACACAGAAAUGUGUCCACACUUUCUCAAAGAACGUCAACUCCUCUGAUGCUGGAACUUACUUGUGUGCUGUGGUCACAUGUGGGAGGAUUUUCAUGGGAAAUCCAAUACAAGUCAACAACACCCAAGGAUCAGGACAAAACAAGGUUGUUGCUGCAAAGGUAUGA